GGCGGAGUGGUGGCCAGGAGAGGUGAGCAAGGCACUAGAGUGCGCGGGCUUCAGCUUUCAUCCUGUUUUCCCCCCACCCCCACCCCCAAACGAAAUGGCACAGGGGACUUGGGGCGUGGGGGGGGGGGCAAUUUCCAGGGCAGGAGGCCGAGGUUUCUCAGGCUGUUUGCACGGGGAUGCAACAGGGCUCUUGAGCUGGGCGAGUGGCGGCAGGCCACUGGGAUGGCUUUGUUAUCCACGCGGGUGACUACUCGAUCCCAAUCCCCAUCUGGCUCCAACAGGAGGCCGAGCUGGACACUUCUUUACACUCAUUGGAAGGAGAGGGUGACUCAUGUUACACGGGGUCCGAGCUUCCCUCCCAGUAGCUGCUAAGUCGUAGCUUUAAAAGGAAGUGACAUGGGUGGGGAGAGACGUCAGCCGAGGACCACCUUUUUUUCCCUUCCCGAAGGGUCCACCCCUUUGGGUGGAGUCUCGCUUUUUCUUUCCAGUGUUGGCUGACUUACAGCUUCUCUAAAGUAGAGGCAGUUUCUGAACCUCAGGCUCCUGCCUCGCAGUUCUGGCUUGUGAGCACCAAUGCAAAGAACUGCCCGGAGCGAGACACUUUCCUGAGCCCCGGAUCUUUCCCCCUUCUGGAACUAUCCCACCAUACGGAUUUAUCUCUUGAGAAUCCCCACACCAUGGACCUCAUCGGGCUGCUGAAGUCCCAGUUUCUAUGUCACCUGGUCUUCUGCUACGUGUUCAUCGCCUCGGGGCUCAUUGUCAACGCCAUCCAGCUGUGCACGCUGGUCAUCUGGCCCAUCAACAAGCAGCUGUUCCGCAAGAUCAAUGCCAGACUCUGCUACUGCGUCUCCAGCCAACUCCAAAGUCCUGGCCAAGAAAGAACUGGCUUAUGUCCCAAUCAUUGGCUGGAUGUGGUACUUCGUGGAAAUGAUCUUUUGCACACGCAAGUGGGAGCAAGAUCGGCAGACGGUUGCCAAGAGCCUGCUGCACCUCCGGGACUACCCAGAGAAGUAUCUGUUCCUGAUCCACUGUGAGGGCACACGGUUCACAGAGAAGAAACACCAAAUCAGCAUGCAGGUGGCCCAAGCCAAGGGGCUGCCCAGCCUCAAACACCACCUGCUGCCGCGCACCAAAGGCUUUGCUAUUACUGUGAAGUGCUUGCGAGAUGUUGUCCCAGCUGUAUAUGACUGUACACUCAAUUUCAGAAACAAUGAAAACCCAACACUGCUGGGAGUCUUAAAUGGAAAGAAAUAUCACGCUGACUGCUACGUUCGGAGGAUCCCCAUGGAGGACAUUCCGGAGGAUGAGGACAAGUGCUCUGCCUGGUUACACAAGCUCUACCAGGAGAAGGAUGCCUUUCAGGAGGAAUACUACAGGACAGGGGUCUUCCCAGAGACUCCCUGGGUUCCCCCACGGCGGCCCUGGUCUCUGGUCAACUGGUUGUUCUGGGCAUCGCUGCUGCUCUACCCUUUCUUCCAGUUCCUAGUUAGCAUGGUCAGCAGCGGUUCCUCGGUGACGCUGGCCAGCUUGGUCCUCAUCUUCUGUAUGGCCUCCAUGGGAGUUCGAUGGAUGAUUGGCGUGACAGAAAUCGACAAGGGCUCUGCCUACGGCAACAUCGACAACAAACGGAAACAAACGGACUGAUGUGGGAAAGUCACCUCCAGAGGGAACCGUGGGGGACGGCUGGCCUCUGCUUAGCCUUUGUAGCAGGGCUCAGUGAUGGAGACUGGGGGGCCCUUGCUGGGACAAACACAAACCACAGCCCCUCUGGUCACGGAGUUUUGCCUCAGCGCUGGAUGGGAAAGGAAGACGGGUUUAGACCUUUCCCCUCCCCUCCUCCCUGUGUGAUAUGGUUUCGGUUAUGUCUCUUUUCAGUUGCGCGUGCGUGCGUGCGUGUGUGUGUGUGUGUGUGUGUGUGUGUGUGUGUGUGUGAGUGUGUGAGAGAGAGAGGGAGAGAGAGAGAGAGAGAGAUGGGGUGAGGAGAAUGGGUGUGUGGUUGCGUGUGCACUUGUGACCCUGUAACAGUAGGGUCUGGGAGGCUGCAAGGAAGGGCAGGGCCAGGGUGGAAGGGAAGGUGUCCCUGUCACCCCAUGGUGCUGCGUCUUCUCUAACCCUCGAUUGCCGGAGACAGAGUGAAAAGUGCUUUGGGUAAGAUGACUAAAUUAUGCCUCCAAAUAAGAAAAAGAAUUAAAGUGUUUCUCUGGGUUGUCUGUG